AUGCAGGUCUCAUACAUGCUCCUGUCGGUUGUAUUGGCGAUGCUCUGCCUAGUCGUAAGUCCAUUCAAAGUCGUACCGCCGCGCGUCUUGUCGCCAGCCAAAAGCACAACAAGGCCCCAUAAACUUUUGCUCUCCCAACUCCACGAAUCCCUGCUUCGCAAACAGCUUCAAAGCCAGCCUCAGUUUGAUCGAGAGUCCCGUUUCAAGGCCCACGCCGUCCAGUAUGACUAUGAGCCAUUCGAGGCGUCCGUCGUUUCGAAGCGUCUUCGUGGCGAGCCGAUUCGCUUUGGCAAACGCUCACCGAGGGAGCCAAUCCGGUGGGUUAUUCGACGAUUUUUGUGAGAAAAAGCAAGAUGAUACAGAAGGAAGUAAGCUUUAAGUGGCUUCUUAAAGAAAAAAAUUAAAAAGUUGUUCUGUCUUGAAACUUCAACACACUUUUUCAAGUGGAGAGCUACAUUUUACAAAAAUAUCAAGAUUUUGGUGUACUAUAGUUCGUUAAUAACAGCUUCAUGAUAUUCAAAAACUCUGAAGAAAAAGUCACAAUAGAUCUCAUUUGAUGAAACAUGUACCAUUUUUCUAGAUUUGGAAAGCGUUUCGACCCAAUGGGCUACGCCGACUACCAGUGA